UUCUAUGUGCAGGUGGUAGACGAGUCUUCAGUUGCAGAAAGACCUGAAGCCCCCUCAAGGGCCCAAAUAAUCAAAGCUGAAUGGUUCUGGACUUCAGUACAAAAGGAAUUUUGUCUCGACGAGAAGGAAUAUUUAUUUGACGACUAUAUCGAACAAGUACUGUCUCCAAGCACAAGAAGAGAUUCCCAUCAGGCAACUCCUAGCAGCGCCAGUCGACGUAAACGGAAACGACUUCAGGAAACAUUAUCAUCUCUUGCCCAUCAACAGUCACCCAGUUUACACAAACGACGGUCGUCUGUUAGCGAUGCGGGUCUUUUAUCUGUUUCUGGGUCGUUUUUGGAUUCAACAGUUAGCCCAGACAAGGGGGCCAUCGAUGAGGAAGCCACCGCCGUUCUGGAAACACCUCGCAAGGUUUGCUCAGCCCGUCAGCAAGUGUUUCUCGAACUGGUACAAACUGAAUGCAAUUAUGUGAACAUCUUGCACACAAUCAUGACAAUGUUUAAAAAGCAUUUGGAGGAAAUGCCAGAAGAAGAGGCUCUUUUGAACAAUACAGAACUAAAAAUAAUUUUCGGAAAUUUACCGCCCAUCUACGAGACCCAUCUGAAGAUGCUUGAGGAAUUGAAGUGGUCAUCGAAUCACUGGACGGAAGACUGUAGCAUCGGCAAUAUAAUUCUUAAGUAUUCAACGGAUCUGCUCAAGGCCUAUCCUCCCUUCGUGAACUUUUUCGAGGAAAUGAAGGAGAUGCUCUUGCAAUGCGACUCGAACAAACCAAGGUUUCAUGCUUUCCUUAAAGCUUGCCAGACAAGGCAGGAAUGUGGAAGGCAGACCCUUCAAGAUCUGCUUAUAAGGCCGGUACAAAGGUUGCCCAGUAUCAGCUUGUUACUUAAUGAUAUUUUAAAGAAUACAUCUAAAAAUAACCCCGAUCAUGCAGCUUUGGAUAGGGCCCUUGCUGCUUUGAGGGAGGUCAUGACGCACAUUAACGAGGACAAAAGAAAAACCGAAGGACAAAGAGUCAUGUUCGAUAUUUUCAACGAUAUAGAUAACUGUCCUCCAGACCUGGUGUCUUCGCACCGUAGUUUUGUGACACGGUCGGAGGUAGUUCAGUUGUCUUCAUCGGAGGGUCUUUCGGGCAAAGGUAAUCCUCUCGUGUUAUUCCUGUUUUCCGAUCAACUGGAAGUUUGCAAGAAGCGUUCGAAAGCGUUCAAUUCCCUUAAAAGUCCUAACACUGUCAACGGCUUUCAUCAGAAGUCAACUACGAAACCAUUCAAGCAUGUAAAACUAAUGCCAUUAAGCACUAUUAAACGGGUGAUAGACAUUAAAGAGACGGAGGAGUGCCAGAAAGUUUUUAGUUUAGUGUUUCGUAAUAACGACGAGUUUAAAGAAAGACUUUUCUCAUUCGCGAUGACUGAGGAGAACGCCGACAAAACCGUGUUUUUGAGGACGUUAUGUAAAACGAUGGCCACUAAUGCUUGCACAGCUGAUUCGGAUAAAUUUCUAGCGUAUUUAGAACCGCAUCAGCUGGAUAUCGACACCAGUGACGUGGGUAACGGUACCUUAUCUAAGGCGUUCAAAUUCGCGAAUCGGACGCGGCUCAAAGUUGGUAGGGCCUUUUCGUUUAAUAAGACGCCCUCGAAACUGAAAAGGGCCGUGUCGUCGAUGAUGUCACCUUUUGGUAGUUCGACGAAUCUCAUAACCCCCGCCUCCCAACUCGCAAACAUGAGACUGGCCAGUUACAGUAAUAUCAACGAAAUCGGCGACCCCAAUAACCCCAACGAAUCUCCACCUGUCGCACCAAUGUCCGUUCAACCCACACGAAAGCUCAAGGCUUCAUCCCUGGGCGCAACAGCCCUAAAACGACUUUGAUCCGUAAUUUUUAGCCACUACUUUUUUAAGCCUAAUCCUGUCUAGUAUAUUUUAUUGAUCUAAAAUCGAAAUACAUUUG